AUGGCCAAUUUAUCAAUUGGACGUGAAAUCGGCGUUCCUACACGGAGAAUUGCAAGAGCAGAUGAUUUAAUUUAUACUUGGAAUGAUUAUGUAUUGCCUAAACUUUUUAAGAAAUUGAUGAUGACUGAGUUUAAAAUGUCGGAUCUUGGCUUGAUGCAUUACUUUAUGGGAAUUGAAGUGAAGCAGUAUUCUGGUGGAAUUUUUAUUUCACAAAAGAAAUAUGUCCAGGAUAUUUUAUGGAGAUUUGGUAUGACAAACUGCAACUCUGUCACCACACCAACAGAGACAUGGCUGAAGCUUGAAAAUGAUUCUAUAGGAAAAAGGAUUGACAACUCUUUCUACAAGCAGAUCGUGGGAAGUUCGAUGUAUUUAACAGCCACUAGACCUGAUAUAAUGUACUCUAAAGGAGGCGAAUCAGAUUUAAUCGGCUUCACAGAUAGUGAUUAUGCUGGAGAUAAAGAUGAUAGGAAAAGCACAUCCGGUUAUGUUUUCAUGUUAUGUUCAAGUGUUAUUUCAUGGGGUUUCAAGAAGCAGCCAAUGGUUACAUUGUCAACUACGAAAGCGGAAUUUGUGGCAGCAGCUGUGUGUGCUACUCAAGCUAUCUGGUUGAAGAACAUUCUGUCUGAACUAUGUCUUCUUCCACAAAAGCCAACUCUAAUUUACUGUGACAAUGGUUAA